AUGGCUGAUUCAAGUUCAAACAGGUAUGUAUCGCAGGUUCUUGUUGUGAGGAUAUCUGGUGGCAUUCGAUUGGAGCAUGUUUUAAGAAAGAUUUGUGAUAGAUGGAACAACUUAUGCAUUGGUAGUUUCUCAUUGUCAUAUGUGUUGGAUGGGAGUGAUUGUGAGCUUGACAAUGAAGAAUCUUUUGAUAAUAUGUUGUAUUUGUAUCCUACUACUGAUAGAAUAGAUGCUAAGGUUGAGGUGAUUAAAUCUUGUAGUGGACAAACGGUUGGAAGUAUUAGUAGUGGAGGAACACUUGGAAGUAUUAGUAGUGGAGUAGAAGUUGGUAGUUCUAGUGGUCCUGUCGCUGUUGUUGAAAGAGAAGAACCUUUGGAGGAAUUUUGUCGCCAUACUGAAACUAGGGCAACUUUGCAGCGAUAUGCUAUUGAAAAUGGUUUUAUGUAUGAUCUUGUUAAAAAUGACAAGUAUCGUGUGACUGCAAAGUGUUCGAUUUCUAGCUGUGGAUGGUAUGUGCAUGCCAUUUUGGAUCACUCAAGCAUAGAGUUUUGGAUUAAAAAACUGGUAAACGAGCAUGGUUGUGGUUCAACCUAUCGAACGAAUAAACAUAAACGGGUGAUAUCUAGUUUAGUUGCUAGUGAGGUUACUAGUAUGGUUCAGAAAAAGAAUAACACAUCACCUAUGGAUCUGUUGGAUUUAUUUCUGGACAAGUACGGUUUGGAUUUAUCAUACCACCAUGCAUGGUGGUACGUUGAAGCUGCCAAAAUUGCAAAUCCAGGGAGCUUAUUAAAGCUUGAAGUUGAUCCUGUCAGCAAGGAAUUCUCGAGGCUCUUUGUGUCGUUCAAUGCAUGUAUCACAGGGUUUAAUCAUUGUCGACCAUUCCUUUGCCUUGAUGGGACACAUCUCAAAGGCAGAUUCAAGGGGUGUCUUCUUGCUGCUACAGGAAAAGAUGCAGAUCAAGAUAUUCAUAUCUAUUUAUCUGCUUGUUCUAUGAUUGUAAUGGUUGGCCUGAGAAGUGAGCACCUUGUCUCUAGACAGGCACUUUGUGUGACAUUUUGGGGUUUAUUUCCCCUGGCGUUUGCUAUUGUGAAUGCAGAAAAUGAUUGUAAUUGGUUGUGGUUUCUUCGGAUUUUAAAGACUAUCUUGUCUACACGGCCUAUUACUUUCAUUAGUGAUCGCAACCAUGGUCUCGUGAGUAACAUACCAACUAUUUUUCCUGAUUGUCAUCAUGCUUACUAUUUGUAUCAUCUUCAAUUCAAUUUGAAGGAUCACUUCCCUGGACGGUUUCGACAGAGUUAUCGAAAUAGGUUGGUUAAAUUGUUUAAUACUAUCGCUUAUGCUCCAUCGGUAUCAGCUUAUAUGAUAUGUGAGGCUAAGUUCUACGAGCAUGGGAGAGAUAAGGCCAAGACGUUUAUUGCAAGUGUUCCAAAACAACAUUGGACUAAUGCUUAUUUUCAAGGGCAUCGAUACGGAGAGAUGAGUUCUAGUGCUAUUGAGUCCUUCAAUAACUGGAUACUUGCUGCACGGCUUAUGCUGAUAAUGAAUUUAGUUGAAGAGUUGAGGUCCAAAAUUAUGAUUCAAAUGUCGCGUAGAAGAGAAGAAGCAUCGCGUUGGGUUUCUCAGAUUUGUCCGAACAUGGAUGCAAAGUUAGCUAAGAGGAUUGACAAGGGGAGGUCGUGGAGGGUUUAUAAAUCAAAAACCGGCUUGUAUGAGGUGAAAUCUGUACCUGCUGUUCUAGUAAAUCUUGAGGAAGGGACAUGUUCUUGUGGAGCCUGGCAAUACAAUGGUUUUUUAUGUGCUUAUGCCGCAACGGUUUUAGUCAAGACUUGUGGAGCGGAGGGAUCCUUGGCUGGUUACAUUGAUCCGUUUUAUCAUGUUGAGUCAUAUCGGCUCACAUAUCAAGAUAAUAUCCAUCCAAUUCUAGCUAUGGAUAUUCCUGACUUCACACAAGGAAGUACUCGGGUUAUCAAAGCUCCAAAAAAUAGGAGGCAAGCUGCAAGACCUUGCGUAAAGCGCAUUCGUUCUAGGGGUGAAGAACAAUCCUCUGCUAGGCCAAUGAAAUGUGCGAGGUGCCAUAAGCUUUCUCACCACAACCGCAGGACAUGCAAAGGGGCUACGGAUGAUUGA